UUACUGGUGGCAGGAUGUGGGAGUGGCCCCGCCCUCUGAGGCUCCACCUGUGUGGAGGUGACCAAAAGAGUCUCACGCACAGACACACACACACACACUCUCUCUCUCUGCAGAAGCAUGUGGUCUGCGCUCACAAUAUGGAUAGCAGUGUCGUCCAUUGCAGUCGUUUCAACGACAAUCUUCAGCGUGGAGACAAAAACGGCAGUUGCCAUGGCAACCUCCCAGGACCCCAACAUCACUCAACAGUCCACGGUACUUCCUGUAACCACGGCAACCAACAGCACCCCCACCAACUUCACGUCUUCCAUGAGUUUGACUACGACAGGUGGCACUGCCCAGACCCCGCUCCAGGCUGGUGGCGUUCCCGCUUGGGGAAUUGCUCUGCUGGUUCUGGCUGCUCUGGCUGUGCUGCUUCUGCUCCUGCUGCUCAUUGGACUGCUGGUGUGGUGCUGCUGCACGAAGGGUCGCUACAAGCACCCAGAUGAUGUCCCCCUUUACAACACACACUCUCGAUUCUGGCGCUCCAACAUAGGCACUUAUGAGGAUGUGGACAAGCCUGCCAAGAUAGCGGCCAAGUGAGCUUCGGCGAAGCCGUGGGGAAAAACUUUUUUUUAUUGUUCCUGAUCUGGACUGAUUGCUAAUCACUCAUGAAGAUCAAUACACCAAAGGAGAAGGUGGAGCGCCUCGGCCAGGAAUGUUGGAGGUCCAAGUCCAAGUAGUCCCAGUGGGCUCGGCGAAGUGAGUCAGACCAUCUGACGUCUUUGGUCUUUGUCUCCAUGACAAUCUGCUUGUCAAUCAUCCAAAGAACAAAAUAAAUGUGUCAGUGGAGGGCUAAGGCACUGCUGGUUUUCUCCAGCAGGUGAUUAAAUUGACAAGAGCCGGCCUUCAAAUUAAAAGAGGUGUUGAUCAUUAAAAUCACCUGCUUUAGUGACCGCCUGGCAAAAAAACCUGCAGUGUUUCGGCCCUCUAUGGCAGGAGUUUGGCACCCCUGAAAUAAAGCUCUAAUAUGAUCAAUAAA